CCAAUUCCAAACGUCACUUUGCUAGGAGUGGAUGGUGUGUAUAAUAAAAUUACAUGCUUGGAAUAGAGGAAAAGGGGAAAUAAAGAACAUUUUCUUCGUUGGAAAACAUCUUGGUGAAAAACAAUUUUAUGAAAUACUUUAUAUGGACAUUGGUUGGCUUGGCAGCACUAUUUGUUUCAUGAGGUUGCAGUCGAAGGUUGCAGUCUGAAUAUAUAUUUAUUGAAGAAUGACUCUGGAGUCCAUCAUGGCGUGCUGCCUUAGUGAAGAGGCAAAGGAAGCGAGACGGAUCAACGACGAGAUCGAAAGGCAGCUCCGCCGGGACAAGAGGGACGCUCGCAGGGAGCUCAAACUACUUCUUCUCGGUACAGGAGAAAGUGGCAAAAGCACAUUUAUUAAACAGAUGAGAAUCAUCCAUGGUUCAGGAUACACAGAUGAGGACAAGCGGGGCUUCACAAAACUGGUGUAUCAGAAUAUCUUCACAGCCAUGCAGUCUAUGAUCAGAGCCAUGGAAACACUAAAAAUAUCGUACAAGUAUGAACACAACAAGGGGAAUGCUAACAUAGUCCGAGAGGUUGAUGUAGAGAAGGUGUCAGUGUUUGACAACCCGUACGUUGAUGCGAUUCGGGCUUUAUGGAAUGACCCGGGUAUCCAGGAGUGUUAUGACAGACGGAGGGAAUACCAGCUCUCAGAUUCAGCCAAAUACUACCUUAACGGCUUGGAGCGCAUUGCAGAACCCAACUAUCUGCCCACCCAACAAGAUGUGCUUAGAGUCCGAGUUCCAACAACAGGGAUCAUUGAGUACCCUUUCGACUUACAAAGCGUCAUUUUCAGGAUGGUGGAUGUUGGAGGGCAGCGAUCGGAAAGAAGAAAAUGGAUUCACUGCUUUGAAAACGUGACGUCUAUCAUGUUUCUGGUUGCCCUCAGUGAGUACGACCAAGUACUCGUGGAGUCUGACAAUGAGAACCGAAUGGAAGAGAGCAAAGCACUAUUUAGGACGAUAAUCACAUAUCCCUGGUUUCAAAAUUCAUCAGUUAUUCUCUUCUUGAACAAGAAGGACCUCCUUGAAGAGAAGAUCAUGUAUUCUCAUCUAGUUGAUUACUUUCCUGAAUAUGAUGGCCCUCAGCGAGAUGCUCAAGCAGCGAGGGAGUUCAUAUUGAAAAUGUUUGUGGACCUGAACCCUGACAGUGACAAAAUUAUCUACUCACACUUCACAUGUGCCACUGACACAGAGAAUAUACGCUUCGUCUUUGCUGCUGUCAAGGACACAAUCCUACAGUUGAAUCUGAAGGAGUACAAUCUGGUCUAGGGGCUUUUAGACUGUAGGAGGCUGAAGAGGAUAUGGAAGAGUGACUGUAUUAUCUGUGAAAAAAAAAGAAAACAAGUAAUUGCAUAAUACUAAUUUAUUGCCGUCCUGGACUGUGUGGUCACAAAACUUGUAGUCACUAUUAUGAUUUUAUUUUCAAAGAAAAGUGGGGGAAGGGGUGGGGGGUGCGAUGCUGUGGAAAAUUUGCAGCACAAUUCCUCAUUUUAGGCAAAAUAUUGUUAACUUCAAAUUUAUAUGUGUGUUUUUAAUUGUAUUAUCUCAGUUGUGCACUCAAGAGGGUUGGAGUAUUUUAUUUGCUUCUGAAACAACCCCCCCCCCCCUUUCCAGAUGUAUCUGAGGUACAAUGGCCUUUCAUUUUGAUCCAUUCCUUAGUAACAGUGUUUUGCAGUGAUAGAAACUAAGCCAUCUGUUCUAAUUUAUGUGCUUUUUUCUGAAGGAUGAAAAGUAUUGAUGCUGUGAUUUUUAAAUUAUUGACAUGUAUAAAUUAUUAAUUUGGUUUGGUACUAUCUAUCUUCAUCAUGGGCUACAAAGGAAAACAAAUCGGUAGCUCUCCAAGCAAUAGGUAGUUGCUUACAGAAAUCUUCAGUGAUAGCUAUGUAUCCAGAAGCAUGGAUAGACAAAGGCAAAUGUAGUUCCUAACAAUCACAUGGUUAUAUAUAUCGGAUUCUGCUGAAUCAACACCCAUGUUUGAACUAUUGCCCCACCCCCACUUUUAGCUGAAUGUCAAUUUUUCACUGUUUCUAAUAACCACCAAAAUAACCAUGUGCAAAUAACGCCUGAGAUUUCAAAUCUCGUGCUUCAAGUGAGUAGAACACACUGUGCAGUAAAGUAGUUGCUCUGUACAUUGAUUGAAUACAUUGUAAGCACUUUUCAUUUUGGAUCCGACAAUACAGACUCUGAGUCUGAUUGAUUACGCUUUCCUGUUAAGCUACAAACCAUUUAUUUUUAUUUAAUUAUUAUUUUUUUUUACAAUAGACUUCAGCUUUAAAGGUUAAUGUGUGUUUUAUGAACAUUUAAAAUGACUUACACUGCACUCUUUUACUUUGUAUUUCACCAUUUAACACUAGAACCACCGCGGUUAUACUCAUACCUAAAACCGCUGCCGGCAGUCAUUAUGAUGGUUACAUUUUGAACAACAUCAAUAUUAAAAUGAAAGACAAACUAUCAGAUACAACUCAAAAGUUUUAUUCAAGCACAUCAUAUCAAACAUCUGCACAGCCAAAACGCCGUAUUUAAAUGAACAAUUAAACAUAAAAGGGGUUAUUUUCUAACUUGCCACAUAUAAAACACUACAAAAAAUGAAAAACUAUAAUAAAAUAAACAUUUAAAAAGAAACUAGUGUAUAAACAGAUGUAAACAGGUAUAUGUACAUACAAAACUGUUAAAACGAGUCGUUUUUAAUUUAAAACUCGGUGCAGCACAGAAUCCAGAUUGAGCUGCUGCAGCCUGCUGCUUCUUUUUCUGAUCGAAAUGUUUCUGCCGAAGUGCUGUAACUGCACUUCUUUAUUCUUUAGCGUAACUGUGUGCUGUGCUUUACCUUUUGAAUUUUAAACAUGCCUAAUUCUAAAUGUAAUCUAUCUAGCUAAUGUUAAAAAUAUUACAGUAAUAUUGCUUGUUAUUUCGCCCGUCUUGAGUCAACGCCCCUACCCCACUUUUGCCUUAACGUCAGCUCUACAUAUAUAUAUAUUUAUAUAUAUAUAUAUAUACACAGUUGUAGUCAAAAGUUUACAUACCCCAAUGGAAAUUUAUAAUUUCUGGAAAUUUCUCAAAAACAAAUACAGGAAAAAUCUUUUGUAGCAAAAGUUUUGCAUUUGUAGAUAAGAAAAAACCGUUACAAGAAAUAGAGGUCUACAAUUAUUUAUUUCAGCAAUUUUUUUGCAAAACUCCAAAUAUGCUAAUUCUAAAGUAUUCAUACCCUGACAUGGAAAAUAAAUUAAAUUAAUAGCUAGUUAAGGUACCUUUAACAAUAAUAACUUCUUUUAAAUGAUUAGGGUAUUUGUCAAUGAGCUUUUGGCAUGAUUAUUUAGUGAUUUUUGACUAUUCUUCAACGCAAAAUUGUUCCAGUUCAUUCAAAUUCCGAGGACUUGUGGACAGCCUUCUUCAACUCAUACCAAAGAUUCUCAAUCAGAUUUAGAUCAGGACUUUGACUAGGCCAUUACAGAACCUUGAUUUUAUUCUUCAACCCUUUGCAGUCCAUUUAUUAAUUGCGCGUCAGGCACGUCAGGUCUAAUUAAUUUUCACACGCGCAGUUAAUUUUAGACGCGCUGUUUAAAAGUAUUUUUUCCACAGUCAAACGGGUUUAAAUGGCCCUGCAUAUCAACAAAGCACUCACUAGGCAUCUCCAGCCCCGCCCAACCCUUUCAUUCGCUAUAGCUUUCACCUAUGUAAGAAAUAAAUAAUAAUAAAAAUAAUAGUCGUACAUACCGAUCAAUCAUCUCCUGAUCACUCGUUUUAUCACCAAACUCCUCAAUAAUGCGAUCCAAGUCAUUAUUUUAUUACUAUAACAUCUCAAAAAAGCUCUGCAAAUGUCUGUGUUCUCUGUGCGCUGAUUCACAGGCAGCCAGCUUGUUUACUUACGACCGCCCCGUUAUCUGAUACCAGGGCCAUGUAUGACUAUUCAUGAGAUACGCCUUUUUUUUUUCGACUUGUCUCGGCUCCUGUCACUCCCACUCGGCAAUUGAAUGGUUUUCUCGGCUUUUUCCGGAGAAAAAACGACUAGAAACCCGUUUUUUGCGUUGCUAUAAUGAUGUAGGACCCAGUCCAACAAAGGACCUGAGAGGAAUAAUUGCAAUGUCGGACCCAGUCCGACAAUGGACCGCAAAGGGUUAACCAUUCUGAAGUAGAUUUUGAUGUGUGCUUUGGAUCGUUGUCAUGUUGGAAUGUCCAGUUGCGCUUUAAACCAAGUUUUGUAGCGGAGGAUUUCAGAUGAUUGGCCAGUAUCUUUUGGUAUGCAAUGGAAUCCAUUUUACCAUGUAUUAGAACUACAUUUCCUGUGCCAUUAGAGGCCAAACAGCCCCAUAGAAAGAUAUUACCACCAUGCUUGACGCUAGGUAUGGUGCUCUUUUCUUUGUACUCCUCACCAGACUUUCUGCAAACAUAACGACUAUCAGCAUGACCAAAUAGCUCAUUUUUUUGUUGCAUCACUCCACAAAACCUUUGACCACAACUUAUAUCCAUCAUCCAAAUGCCGUUUUGCAAACUUUAAGCGAUUGUCCUUGUGACGUUUUCCAAAGAGUGGCUUUUUCCUUGGCCUGCAACCAUUGAGAUCUUCACCAUGCGAUACUCGACCUAUGGUUGAAAUGGAAACCCCAGUCCCACUUGCAGCCAAUUCACUUUGAAUAUCUUUGGCAGUCAAUCUUGGAUUGUUAUUAACCUUCCUCACAAUUCUUCUACUUGUUUUUGGAGAAAGAGCCUUCUUUCUUCCAGACUGAGGGAGCAUUGUGACAGUACCACGAGUCUUGUACUUCUUGAUUUAUAGAAACAAUAGUUGAAAUUACUCAGAUGCUUGGAAAUUUUCUUGUAUCCUUCUCCAGCUUUAUGGCAAUAAAUAAUUUUCUGCCUAAGGUCUUCAGAUAGCUCUUUAUAUUUUCCCAUAUUGACUUAUUGGUAAUGACAGCAAACAUCCUAUGCCUAACCCUUUUAUACUCUCUAAGAAUGUUCACCUACAAUCCAGCAUUUUUAUAUUCUAAAUGAUCAUAUUUCUAGCACCUUGUAGACAACGCUGUCAUAGCAUCAAAAGGUAUUAAUACUUUUGAAUUAGAAAAUUAAUUUUGAGUUUUGCAAAAAUAGUACUAUAAUAAAUAAUUGUAGACAUCUAUUUCUUGUAACUUUUUUCAUCAUCCACAAAAGCAAAGCUUUUGCUACAAAAGAGUUUUCCUAUAAUUCUUUGUUCGAGAAAUUUCUAGAAAUUAUAAAUUUCCAUUGGGGUAUGUAAACUUUUGACUACAACUGUGUGUGUGUAUAUGUGUGUGUGUAUAUAUAUGUGUGUAUAUAUAUAUAUAUAUAUAUAUAUAUAUAUAUAUUUUAGCUCAAAGAGCCAGCUGCCCAUAUAUAUAUAUAUAUAUAUAUAUAUAUAUAUAUAUAUAUAUAUGCACGGCAAAGCCUUUUCCAAAAAGAGGUGCCAACCAUAAGGCACUUUUAUGUAUUAAUGUCUCUACAGAGUUAAAUAGUGAACAGCAAUGACAUGUAAACCAUGUAUGCUUUGCUUGAUGGUGCUCGUAGAGACCAGGUUGGUCGCACACUCAAAAAUCUAUUUCCUUUUAGACUUGACCGCUAAUAUUAUGCAUCAGAUUCAUUUUACAUUUUGUUUUAAAAACUUGUUUUAAAAAGGUGUAAAACACAGCUUUAUCAUGUAUAAAGGACACCAAUCAAUCCAAUAGUUAAUCAUUAACUGGCUAAUAGCCAUAGAUAUUAUUUAAAGUUACAGAUGACAAUUUUGACCUAUUGUAGCAUUCAUUAAUUGAAAAUGAUUUUAAAAUCUAUUAAUCCAUACAUAGUGUGAUUAUACAAUAAUUACACUUUUAUAUAUUAAACACUUUAAAAUACAGCCAUAUAUGCUGGUAUAUGUUCCAGAGCAUAUUACAUAGUUAACUUAAACACAGUUAUUCAACACUAAAGAUUGGAAGACAUUGCAACAUGAUUCUCAACCUCGGACAUCUGAAGAUUAAUCAUUACAUUUCUAAAACAUUUAACGUUUUUAGAGAUAUGGAUUGAGAUCUAAUGCUUCAUUAAGUCCAUGUGGUUCCAAAGUAUAACCCCAGAAUAACUCUCUUCAUUAGCAGAUUAAUUGUAUUACCACCUCUCUUAGAGACUGAGACUUUUUCAAGUUCAUGGCUUUAUAGUGUCGCGCUAACGCAUAAUCAAUAUUGUUGUUUCCUAUUGCAGCCUUAUCUUCUGCUAUAUGUAUUUUUACAUUUAUUUUUGUUUGUAUUACAUAAACCAAGCCACAAGGGCAUUUUAGCAUAUAUACCAAAUGGGUUGUAUUACAAUUGAUAAAACCUUGUAUCAUGUAUUCAUGUAUUCAGUGUGGAUGAUUAAAAUAUUUGAUAUCGUGCGUGUUAGAACAAUGAACACAUCUUCCACACUGAAAGUUACCGUGCACUGUUUUAGUAAGCCAAUUAUCAUUAAAUGGUAUUGAUUUAUACAUAAAAGUAACUAUGCAUCCUUAAUAUUCCUACCACGUCUAAAAUAAAAUCUAGGUGGAGAGGUAAUGAAAGGACGAACUUGAUCACAUUCCAAUAUCCUCCAUUGUUUCAAAACUAUUCUUUUAAUGUCAAUGGAGAUAUAAUUAUACUCAAGUGACAAAAGAUAUUCUUUCAUGUGUAGUUGAAUCAUUAAUCUUCAUAGUUUGUAUAAGCUCAUGACGUUCUUUCUUUUCAGUUCUACUAAAAGCGGUAUUAAUUAAGAUCGAAAGUGAGCCUGCAUGUCUUUAGCUUCAAUUUUAAAGCCAGACGUAUCACUACAUAUUCUUUUUAGCCGUACAAAUUGACCAUAUGGUAUAUUUUUGAUCAAAUGUUUUGGAUGAUCAUUAUCUACAUGCAAAAUUGUAUUUUUAUCUGCUAAUUUCCGAAAAAUAUAUGUAUUAAGAGCACCCUCAUCGUUUACUGAAAUUAACAAAUCCAGAAGAUGUAUCUUAGUUUGGCUAUAUUCCAUAGUAAAUUUUAGGUUCAGAUUGGUAUUGUUUAUGUAAUCUCUAAACAAAAAUAGAUCAUUCUCAGAUCCUGUCCAUGUUAAUAACACAUCAUCAAUAUAUCUCUUCCAAAACAAAACAUCCCAUAGGAGUGGGUUAGAGGUAGCCAUUAAUAUAUAUUGUUUUUCCCAAUAUAUAAAUUUGCAAAGUUUGAAGCAAAAGCAGAGCCCAUGGCUGUGCCUUGAAUUUGUAAAUAAAAUGUAUCUUUAAAUAAGAAGUCAUUUGAUUCCAAUAUAAAUGUAGUUCCCAGAGGAAAUCCAUGGCUAAAUCAUUUUGCUUUACUUCAAAGUCAAGUCACAGUGCCUAGUAUACUGGUAUGCUAAAAUACUUCUAAGGGAAAUGUAUAUUGGGAGAUCUGACUUGAUCACAUCACGAGUAUCAGAUAAAUAAGAUGGCAGAUCUUCAAUGAAAAAAUCAAUACAUUAUAUAUAAUUAUUGGUAUAUUUUUUUCCAUUCUAAUGAUUACUGUAUGCCACAGUUGCUUUUUUUAUUGUCUUAGAAUUGUUUUUAUUGCAGAUGCCAAACAAAUUUACAUGGACACUACAUCUUACCCAAACUGCUAAAUAUAAAAGGUAAUAGCCAUUGUGUUUCUCGUUAAAUCUUUUUUAUUAAUAAUAUUAUUAUUGUUAUUAUUAUUAUUAUUAUUAUUAUUUUAUUUUACUGUGUACAUAUUUUUUAUGUUGUGAAGUAUUUGGCACAAGUUUCUCAAAUUGUAGGUUUUUACUUAAAAUGCCAAAACCACCGAUUGGGAACCAACUUGAGACACUGAAAGCCAUGCCUAUAUUACACGUUGAGGUAUCAGCUCAUGGGGUACCCUUUAAUAAGUGUUGUAUAGUUAAUGCCAAAUAAAGCAGACUGAUAAACAUAUAGAAUAUGAAGGGGCUUUUUGCACAUAUUGUGAUACUUUCAGACAGUGUGAAUUACAUCCUAUAAAACCCUUUUGUGCCUGUGCGUGGUUGGUACAUUUUAUAAUAGGAUAUGAAGAUAUUAUUAAUGCAUUUAUAUUGAGAAAAAAUGAAGCUAGUUUUAUGAAGAAGUUUCUCUUUACGUACAUUCUUGUAAGUUGGGAAACCUAUUUCUAAUGUGCUUUUCAAAAGGCUUCCGGAAAUAGGCCUCUGUUUUGUCCUUUUUGGAUGACAGAAGGUGUUUUUGACCUGCAAGCUAGUCUGCUUUGAGUACAAGUGGUCAACCACCAAUAGAGUUUAAUUGUGAAGGUUUUCAGAAAAAUGAGGAGCAAAGAGUAGAUCAAGUACAGUGUCAUCUCUAAUUGGCUAUGCCCACUUUUAUUCUUUCAGUGUUUAUUAUUAUUAUUAUUAUUAUUAUUAUUAUUAUUAUUAUUAUUAUUCCAAUUAACAUAUGCCUAUAAUUUAAAAAAAAAUGUAAACCUGGUUGUAGGUAUAGUGCAAUUAUAAAUGCUAUUAUCAUUGUACAUAUCUCUCUCUCUCUCAUUCAUAUUCAUAUACCGGUAUAUAUGUAUGUGUGUGUGUGUGUGUGUGUGAAUGUAUGUAUGUAUGUAUAUAUAUAUAUAUAUAUAUAUAUAUAUAUAUAUAUAUAUAUAUAUAUAUUAUAGAUAGAUAGAUAGAUAUCACACACACACCAAUAUUGGCUUUGUAAUCGUACAUUUUUGGCAGAUUAAAUGUGCUGUAUUGAUAAUAUGUAUCCAAGUAAUUGUAUUGUGUCUUAUAGCCAAUUCACAUUUUUAAUAAUAAUUAUUUUUUAAAAGAGGAGAAUGUACAUUCUUGCCGGUUCUCAGCAAGGGACAUAUAUAUUUGCUCUUUUUUUAUAUCAUACAGAGCGGUACAUAAGAAAUUACUGUAGACAAAUUUCAUAUAUAUAUAUAUAUAUAUAAUUUCAAGGUAUUUUGUGUUACAUAAUUUCUCAUGGAGCACUUGCCAUAAGGUUUAACAUCCAAACUUUUUGACUAGAUCUGUCCCAUUAGAAGGGCACAACUCUUCAGUUUGCUUUGCAGUAAAAGUAGGUGAUUGUAUUCCUUUACAGAGCUGUAUAUUAAAAUGUUGUUUACACGUGGGUGGAUACACUAAUUGUCUGUCAGACGCCUUUCUGAAGAGAAUUCUUUUUCUUUUUAAACAGCCAAGAUUUAAUGACUUGUUGCCUACAAAAUCAUCCUUUUAUUGAAACAAAAGGGUCAUUUUGUAACAAGUACAUGUAGAUGAGAAACAUAGGAAUGCUUUUUUAAAUGCUCAGUUUGAAUUAAAUCAUUAAAGGUUUAAUUCUAACAUGCAUAAAUUCUUAAACCAGUAAAACUGCAAUUUCCUGGGAGGUAAACCUGGUGUAUAUUGCAUGUGAUCUGUGUUCACACUACAUGCCAAGAAUUAAACAUUUUUCUAUCUAAAUGAUAUUGUUAGCUGAAUACACAUUUAAAACAGUGGGUUUCUUUAGAAUGUAUGCUUCUGAAUUUGAAAAAUAUAAAGAAAAUAUUGGUUUUCAAUGUAUAUAUUGCCUUAUAGAACUACAAUAUGUGUGCCUCAAGACAAGAGGUAAAACAGUCUCUUAACCUUAAAUAAAUAAUUGAAAAAUUACAGCUAAUAUCACAAUUUCCCCUGUGAAUGAUACAUGGCAACUAUGAGACUAGUAAAUACAACUAAAAUACUCUUUGUUUGAUAACUAUGAAAUUCAUACUGGUCACUUACAACAACAAAAAAAGCACAGGUGAACUAGACACAAAUGUGUUUUGCCUGUUUAUAUUUAAUAAAGGUCAGCUUUUGUUCAGUUAAUUUAUCUAGAAUAUUUUCAAAAUGUGGUAUUAUACUAUCAAGAAAAUCAAAAGAAUGUUCUUAUACUUAUUUAAAAGAAGUUAAAGCAACUUUAAAAUUGAGCACUGCUAAGUAUGGUCUUUAUUAGCAUAUGUGAAUUACUUUGUAAGGAUAAAGAUUAUCAACUACUUGCUCUUCAAAUGUAAAAUCCGAUUUGUUCUUUUAUUAUGAUAAGUAUACCACAGGCUGUCAUGGCCUACCAAAGACCUAUUUUCAUUGAUUUUAUUACCACUGCUCUGCUGAUCAGUAUGUCCUGAAUUCCAGCAUGUUGGCAUAGUCAGACCGGAAAGUGGAAAGUAUUCCGAGUUACUUUGAGUAAGGAAUUGCAUUUGCUGUAUUUAGUUUUUUAACCACUUACAUUGAAUUUAAACCUGGAACUUUAAAAAGGUUCCUGCAUCUGAGCAUUAAUACUAAAUUUGAAAAAGAGCAACCAAGUCUGAGCAUUGAAGAUACUACUUUAAUGAGUUAUACUACUUGGUUUCACUUUUGAUUUGUAAUUUUAAUAUGUGUUUUACACAGUACUCAAACAUUAAACUAUAGCUCCACUCCUAUGCCAUAAUACCAUAAGAUGUGCUAAUAUAGCAAGAAAAAUAAAUGAUUAAAUGAGCCAUCGGUUUUUAUCCUGUUGCUGUUUGCUAUAUCCUGCAUGCCAACAUGGUGGAAACUCUGACCAGACCUGUACAUUUACUUUGUAUUAUUUUGAUAAAAUGAAAUCGCAACAAAAUAACAUGCAGUAUUUAAAAAAAAUAAAAAAUACAUACUUUAAAAUGUAAAAAUUGUUAUUAAAAUGCAUGUAUUGUCUUUUUUUGGGGAAGAAAUUUUUUUAAAAUGUUAUUUAAUGUAUACAAACUGCCCCAAAUGAUCUUUCUGGUUAAGUAUUUUUUGGCCAUAAUUUUGUACUACUAUUUAGCUUUUCUCAAAGUAUUACAGCUUGUCUUUCUUCUUAAAUGCUUUCUAAUGUUAUGGAAUAAAUGAUUCCUGUUUAUAA